GUCGUUUUAGUGCUGUAAUUGAGAAGAUCGAACGCCUAUACAUGGGUAAGCAUAGUAGUGAUGAGGAAGAUCUUAAUGAUGUUCCUGAUGAUGAUGAGUAUGACACAGAAGAUUCUUUUAUAGAUGAUGCUGAGCUGGAUGAGUAUUUUCAGGUUGACAACUCUGCAAUAAAACAUGAUGGUUUCUUUGUUAAUCGGGGGAAAUUGGAACGAAUAGAACCUACUUUAUUGGCAAACCAGCAACCGAAAAAAAGGAGGCGGAAAGAUUUGGCAAAAGGCAAUGGUGGGAGUGAUGAUGGACAUGUUUUAAAUAAACAUGUCAAAGUUGGAAAGAAGAUUGCUGGAAAAUCAGAACCGCUAGUUGGGAAUCACUCUACUUAUCCGUCUCAGGAUCCAUCUCCCUCAAAGGAAAAGGAUAUUGACAAGCAGAAGACAAUAGUCCUGCCAUCUAAGAACUGCGGUAACAAAAUGAAAGAGGAAAGUGAAUUAUCUGAUACUUCAAAUCAGAGGUCGAUCGAGAAAAGUUUUUAUGCACAAUGCAAAUCUCAAUCUGGAAGGUUACCAAACAAUGUUGAUGAUUUAGAUCAAUCAGUUCAGCGGAAAGAUAAAAGUACCAUUAGUGAACGACCUGAUGUCAAUGUCCCUGAGGGCAAACACCCUAUGCAAAGUGUUAAGGCCCCAUUUAUACAGAGGAAGGACGGUUCUAGUGUCAGACCAAAAAUUGGGAUGCUUGAAAAAUCCAUUAGGGAGCUAGAGAAGAUGGUUGCAGAAUCGAGACCACCAACUAUGGAGGUUCCAGAUGCUGAUAUUUCGUGUCAGGCUGUCAAAAGGAGAUUGUCACCUGAAAUGAAGCAGAAGCUGGCUAAAGUUGCUAGACUAGCGCAGGCAAGCCAUGGAAAUAUAUCACAGGAGUUGAUUAAUCGUCUGAUGAGUAUUGUUGGCCACUUGGUACAAGUUAGAACAUUGAAGAGAAACUUAAAAGUCAUGGUUAAUAUGGGAUUGUCGGCAAAACAGGAGAAAGAUGACAGGUUUCAGCAGAUAAAAAAGGAUGUUGUCGAGAUGAUUAAAGUGCGUGUUCCCCUUAUGAAGUCCAAGAUACUUGAGGAACAAGCUGGAGCAUCAGAUGAUUUUCAAGAAAUUGAAACAAAAGGAAAAGAAGUCCUUAAAAGAAAGUUUAGCAUGGAUGAUGCUUUGGAGGACAAGAUAUGCGACCUCUAUGACCUUUAUGUUGAUGGGCUGGAAGAAGAUGCAGGUCCACUGGUCAGAAAGUUGUAUGCAGAGCUUGCAGCAUUGUGGCCGAGUGGAUUCAUGGACAACCAUGGCAUUAAACGAGCUAUAUGUAGGGCAAAAGAUAGGAGGAGGGUAUUUUACAGCCGGCAUAAGGAUCAGGAGAAAAUCAAGAGGAAGAAGAUGUUGAUACCAAAGACAGAGGAGACUGCUCGAGGUGAAGCUAGGCCAAUUGCUCAGCCACAAUAUAUGCAAGAGCAGUUGAUUCAUGAUUCAAAUAUGCAUGGUCUAACUUCACUCAACAGGCCAGUUCCCAAUGCAACAUCAGCAAAUACAGUUGUGCAAAUGCCCAUUACAAUUAUGAAUGGUUCUAGCAUAGACCGGCACAAACAAGAGAAGGUUAAGGGAAGUUCCAGUAAUUCCAACGACACAAGGACAACAGAUGCAUUGACAAAAAAGAAGGUAAAGCGGAAACCAGAAUCGGAGUUAAGUGAAGCUCACUUCCGUCCAGAUAAGUUGACUUCAGUUCAGGGAGAGGAAAAGCACAAGUCGCAUAGGCAGGUUGCUGGUCCUGUCCAAAUUGCAAACCUUCAAUCGGCUGCUGUUCCAAGCGUUGAACAGCAUAGGUGACAUUGUACAGCUUAGUUAGGAAAUUAAGAAGACUUUCCGGAAACAGCCACUUCGCAUGCGGGAAAUAACUGCACACAUUUGAUCCUCUCAUUUCCGCAGUAGUAGAAGCCCCUGUGCAUUUCGGCUGUCCUUUUAUGUAACACAACCUGUGUUCUAUUUUGUUUCCUUUUUGGCGGCUCUAUUCUACGUGACCUACUGAUCGUUCUCUUAGUUUUGUAAUUAUAUAUCUCUGCCAUUUUCUUCCCUUGUCAUCACCAGUAGUAAGUGGUAGGGAUUGCAGUAUCAUUGUAAUGUUCAGGCAGGAAAAAAGAACAAGCCAUUCAUUAAGAACUAUUCAAUAUAUGAAGUUUAUGCUUUUAUGGGAACAAAAUUGCUUUCAG